AUGCCAGUGAAGAAGGAGAUAGCAGAAGAAGAAUUUGAUGAUUUCCUGCAAGAGUAUUUGCUCAACACAGACAUGGAGGAAAGCCCCGGACUGGGACAUGGCUGUAAGAUGGAUACAUAUACAUCACCAAUCAAAGAGUCACCAAUGGAAAUGAAAGUGGAAGAAGAAUCUCAUCUCAGAGAAUAUGGUCACCACGGAUCUUCUCCUACAACCAGCCGAAGUCAGCCGUUUCCGAACUCGAAUGCACCUACUGUGAGGUUGUCUGAGAUGUCAAGACUUACAGAACCAUCACAAGACUUAAUGCCAGUGAAGAAGGAGAUAGCAGAAGAAGAAUUUGAUGAUUUCCUGCAAGAGUAUUUGCUCAACACAGACAUGGAGGAAAGCCCCGGACUGGGACAUGGCUGUAAGAUGGAUACAUCACCAAUCAAAGAGUCACCAAUGGAAAUGAAAGUGGAAGAAGAAUCUGAUCUCAGAGAAUAUGGUCACCACGGAUCUUCUCCUACAAAAAGUCUGAAGACACAUCAGAGAACACAUACGGGAGAAAAGCCAUAUCAUUGUUCAGAUUGUGGAAAGACUUUUACCCGGGCAGAUCAUUUGAAGACACAUCAGAGAACACAUACUGGAGUAAAGCCAUAUCAUUGUUCACAUUGUGGAAAGACUUUUACUCAGGCAGGUAAUCUCAAGACCCAUCUGAUGAUCCAUACUGAAGUUAAGCCAUAUCAGUGUUCAGAUUGUGGAAAGAAUUUUACUCAGGCAGCUCAUCUCAAGACACAUCAGAUGAUCCAUACUGGAGAAAAGCCAUAUCAGUGUUCAGAUUGCGGAAAGACUUUUAUUUCAGGAACUGAUCUGAAGAGGCACCAGACAAUCCAUACUGGGGAAAAGUUUCAUCACUGUUCAGAUUGUGGAAAGACUUUUGCUCAUGCAGGUAAUCUUAAAACACAUCUGAUGAUCCAUACUGGAGAAAAGCCAUAUCAGUGUGCUACAUGUGGGAAGGGUUUCAUAACCAAGAGAGGGCUUACUCUCCAUCAGAUGAUCCAUACUAGAGAAAAGCCAUAUCAGUGUUCAGAUUGUGGAAAGAUUUUUGCUCAGGCAGGUCAUCUUAAGAAACAUCUGAUGAUCCAUACUGAAGUUAAGCCAUAUCAUUGUGCUACAUGUUUGAAAAGUUUCAGAACCAGCAAAGAUCGCACUGUCCAUCAGAGAACACAUACGGGAGAAAAGCCAUAUCAUUGUUCAGAUUGUGGAAAGACUUUUACCCGGGCAGAUCAUUUGAAGACACAUCAGAGAACACAUACUGGAGUAAAGCCAUAUCAGUGUUCAGAUUGUGGAAAGACCUUUACUCAGGCAGGUCACCUCAAAACACAUCUGAUGAUCCAUACUGGAGAAAAGCCAUAUCAGUGUGCUACAUGUGGGAAGGGGUUCAAAACCAGUAGAGAGCUUAAUGUUCAUAAAAGAAUACAUACUGGAGUUAAACCAUAG